GUCAACAGCCCAAGAAUGGACAUAGCAAGCACGACCUCUCCAGCAUUAUUUUUAGCAGGAGCUCCGUCCCUUAUCCAUUUGUUGGAAGAGUUUAAUCACACCCAGUUACAUUUCCACACUUGUUGGAGUCCUUGUGAAUUGGCUGGAUACCAUUUGUAUACAAGGCAAGAAUGUAAAGAUGGUACAUCAGACCUGCACAUAAAUAAACUUACACAAAGCUUAUACAGCUUAUUCAUUCUGACAAUGGUUUUCUGCAGAUGUCUAAAAAUGAGUGUCAUGGAUAUCACAAAGAUUUUUGCCAUGUUAAAACCUAAAGAAGAUGAGGAGGCAUUAGAAGAAAGUCGCGAGCUUCAUUUGGCAGUGGCUAUGGAUAAUUCGCAAUAUUUAGUUUUUCUUCUCUCUGAUGAGAAGUAUAAGAAAUAUCUGAACAGUCGUAGUGGAUGGGGCGUUCCAGUAACACCCCUUCGCCUUGCUGCCUCCAAAGGUUCCUUGGAUUGUCUAAAGAUUCUCUUGGCCAAUGGAGCAGAAGUGGACAUACUGGAUGUGAAGGCUCAAACUCCUCUCUUUGCUGCCGUCAGUGCUGGACAUUUUGACUGUGUCAGAGAAUUACUUAAAGCUGGGGCUUGCCCUUCUGGAAGUAUCUACAAUAAUGGCUCUCCUGUUCUGACAGCUUCCAGGGAAGGCAACGCCAGCAUUUUAAGGGAACUCCUGAAAUAUGGUGCAGAUCCUAAUGUCAAGUGCAAAUUACCUGACUGGGCGGCAAGCAACACCAUUUCCACAGGACCACUAUACCUCUCAGCUGUGUAUGGCCACUUGGAGUGCUUUAGAACUAUGCUUUUCUAUGGUGCGGACCCCAACUACAACUGUACUGAUGAGAAUAUACUACAAAGGAUAAAGCAACCUAAAACUGUACUGGAUAUAUGCCUGAAACAUGGGUGCAGGACAUCAUUUAUAAAGUUACUUAUUGAUUAUGGAGCAAAUGUAUACUUGCCUGACCUCAACAUUGCUAAGUCAUUCCCUAAUCCUGAGGCAAUGGAGCUUUUAGCUAGAGAAAGAGUGCACCCAAAGUCUAUGAUGUCACAGUGUCGCCUGACCAUCCUGAAGUUGCUGAGACAAGCAGGAAAAACACAUCUUAUUGACCAACUGGGGAUUCCUCAAACUAUGAUCAGAUAUCUCAUGCACCAGACAUGAUGGAAUCCCGUAAUGGCGCAAACACCAAGGAAAAUUAGACUUGAAGCGUUAGCACGUUAUAAUUUGGCACUAAGCAGAGGAUUUAAACAUGGAACGGCAUAAUUAGCAUUCUAAACUGUGUGGUUUUGUCCAUACAAAAGGUGGAUGUAAUAAGAGAACUACUUUACAAUACAUUAAUAUCUACCAUCUCCUAAGGAGUAAAGCUGUCCAUUGCCUUAAACAGCAUCAAUCUGUGAAAUUGUGUUUUACAAAUUCUAAAAGGUGUGCAAUAAAAUACUCCUUUAUUGAUCAAAAAA